CUCACUUCUAUAGACCACACCAUUUCUAGAGGCCCUCAAUAUAUCUCAGCAUACAGUAGAUCCGAGACCAUCUUCAACAUGCGGCCAGUGGGCCUUGGAUGUCAUUACAAAAAUUCAAGGACUAACAGAGCUCUCUGACCUUACCAUCAUUUGCAAUGGGACCAGAUUUCCAGUGCAUAAAGCAGUUGUCUGCUCACAGUCACCAGUGCUACAUGCUGCCUGUAGCAGGGAUUUCAAGGAGUCACAGUCAGGAAUGUACAAGAUGAGUGAUGGCUCGACGCAUAUCAUUGACAAACUUUUGCAAUAUUUCUACACCGGAGACUAUACUAGGCUAUCCGAAGAGGACGACAGCGCAUACUCACAUAUGUCUGCACUUCAACUUCACGCAAGGCUCUUUGCAAUGGCUGAUAAGUACAAUAUGAAAGACUUAUGUGCCCUUUCAGCAGAGAAAUACUCCUCUAGGCUUGAAAAAGACUUCAACAUCAUUGAAUUUUUAGAGUCCAGCCCAGAUGUCUAUCAUUUAACGGCGCCACAAGUUCAAACAUUGAGGAAUCUUGUUUUACACUUCGCCCGAAAGAACCUCGAAAAUGCUCUGCAUCACAGCUUGCAUUCCAAGAUCUAUGAUGAUAUUACGUGCGAAGUUCCAACAUUUACAAAGGACUUGCUCAACUCAUAUAUUGCGUCCCCGAUUGGCCAACUGUCAGAACUGUGGGCCAACAAUGGCCAUGCAGGCGUUGCAAGUUCGAUGCCAGCAGUGCAGCCGAGAAAGGGCGUACUGAGAAUGCCUAGAAAAUUAAGUCUAAUUUAG